UUGAGGAUCUUUUCAACACAACGGUCACACCUUUAGUUGAAACGCAAGAAAAGAAUUAAGAAAAUUCGUUAAAAAAAAGCAAAAAUUCUCAAUGAAAGGGAGUCAAGUGAAAUCGUGUUGGAUCUGUGGAUUCCUUUUCCUCCUUCUUUGCCUCUGUAUUGCAGAUAUGACGAGUUGUGCUUCGAAAAAUCUCUCAGAGAACCUCCUGAAGAAUUCCUCUCAAUGGUGGGAAAGUGACGAAGAAAUCCGGAUUUUGCGCCAAUAUCUGAGGAUUCCCACUGUUCAUCCAAACCCUGAUUAUGGGCCUUGCGUGGAUUUUCUCAGGGAACAAGCAAAAUCUCUCAAUCUUCCUUUUGUAAUUCACUACGCAACGGACGCGAGGAAGCCAAUUGUGGUGUUAACAUGGAUGGGAAGUGAACCAGAAUUACCAACAAUUCUCCUGAAUUCCCACAUGGAUGUUGUACCAGUUUAUCCGGAAACAUGGACUCAUCCACCUUUUGCAGCUGAAAUCGACGACGACGGAAGGAUUUUUGCUCGAGGAUCGCAGGAUAUGAAGAGUCUGGGAAUGGCCUAUUUGGCUGCCAUUGGGCGGCUACAGAGGAAUAAUUUCCACCCAAGGCGCACUAUUCACAUCCUCUUCGUUCCCGAUGAGGAAACUGGCAGUGUGGAUGGGAUGAAGGCUUUCGUGAAGACUCCGGAAUUUCAAGCUCUAAACAUUGGAUUUGCUUUGGAUGAAGGUCACGUCUCUCCUGGGGAGAACUACAUUUUUUUCUAUGGCGAAAAAACCAUCUGGCAGCCAACGUUCACUAUACAUGGUCAUCCAGGACAUGGAUCCUUGCUGUUUGAACACACAGCCGGGGAGGGUUUCAGCUACAUCGUGGAAAAGUUGAUGCAUCGUCGUCAAAAUGAAGUUGAAAAGGUGAAACGGGGUCAACCCAUUGGGAAUGUAACAUCGAUAAAUCUCACAAAAGUUUCCGGAGGUAUUCAAACAAAUGUCAUUCCGGAGGAGCUUUCAGUCACCUUCGACAUUCGACUACCACCAACAGCAGAUCAUGAGGCUUUCAACAGACUCCUUGAGCAAUGGAUCAGAGAGUCUGGAGCAAAUGUCUCAUUAACUUUUGAACAGAAAGAAAACAAAGUCCCGGUGACCCCCAUUGAUGAUUCAAAUCCCUUCUGGAUGACCUUUCGGGACGUUUUAACGAAUUUAAACUACACGCUUGAACCACAAAUCCUCGCCGGAGGAACAGAUAUGAGAUUCUUGAGAGCUCUCCGUAUUCCUGCUUUGGGAUUUAAUCCAAUGAAUCACACCCCCCUUCUCCUUCAUGCUGACGAUGAAUUUAUCUAUGCGGAUAAAUAUAUCAAGGCCAUUGGGGUCUUUAGCAGGCUCAUUGAGAAACUCACAGAGCUCAAUUGAAGAUUCUGUCUUAUCUUUUAUGAUUCUUUCAGCAUAAAUAUGCUCAAGAAGGCAACUUUUUGUAUUAAAAUUAUCUCUUAUUAAAAGUUAAUAAAAAUUAAUUAAAAAAUAAACUAAAAAUGAGAAUUUUAAAGGAAAAAUAAAAAUUAUUGAAAUCAGCAGAGUUUUUCUUACUUCCAAUGAGGAGGAUCUUUCACUUUAGAUCAAUAAUUUUAUCAUUUUUAUUGAUUAAAUAAAAUAAAGAAUAAAUGGAAAGUUA